UUCAUGUUACAGUGGCGUUUGAGUCAUCUGCAGAGAGCUGGCAUGAAUAUUAAUAUUUACAGUAGAUAAGUUAACGUCAACGCGAGGAAACGGUGCCCAAUGGGAGACAAGGGCAGGGCGUGAGACAGUGACAUAAAGAGGCAGCAGAAUAGAAGGAUGAGCUUAUUGCACAGAGAGCUGAGUCAGCUGCUCGGGGCAUGGAGGUGGAAGAGGAGGGUGGAGACUCUGUGCCUGGCCACGGGCAGGACUUUCUGCUCCACCACUCCAGGACCAGAAGAUCCCAUAGAGAUCCACAAGAGGAAGCUCUUCCUGUGGUUCAGCCACCUUCCACAGGAGGAGAAACAGUUCGGUGGUUACUUCAGCCCAGAGACCAUGCACGUGGAUCCACUGAUCUUGGAAAGAAAGGCUGUGGAAAGGGCAGGACUGCUGAGCCCCCCUCUCCAACCCCAGACCACCUCCAGUUCCUCUGUGACUGUGCAGCAGCUGUUCGAGCCCACUGAUGGCUGGAGUGAGGGCAGGGGGCUCAACGUGCUGCUGUACGGGGCUGUGGGGUCAGGAAAAAGUACGGUGGUCCGAAAGCUGGUGCUGGACUGGUGCGCUGGGAACACACUGGCCCAUUUCAAGCUGCUGGUUCCUUUUACUUGUGAGGACCUUAGCCAACUGUCAAAGGUGUCUUCUUUAAGGGACCUGGUGAGCAGGAAGUACCUCCACCUUAAAAAACACCCUCUGCUGAGUGGGGAGGGAAACAGUGCCAAGGAUGUGCUUUUUCUGUUCAAUGGGAUGGAGAAGAUGAAAGUGGACUUCAGAAUUGGAGCCACAGAGCUUUGCAGUGAUCCUAAUGAGGCUCUGUCUCCAGGGGUAGUAGUGGUCAACCUGCUGAGGAAAUACCUGCUGCCUGAGGCCAGCAUCUUGGUUGUCACAAGGAUGUCAGCCCUGGACCGGAUCCCUCAGAAGUAUGUAACUCGCUAUGCACAGAUUUGUGGCUUCAAUGACCCGGACCGCCAGCGGGCCUAUUUCACCAGCCGCCUCCUGCAGCAGAGCAAGGGGACUCAACAUAACCAUGAGGCCCAUGCUCUUAUAGAGCUACUUUACCUCAACCUGCAGAGAGAAAGCCAGCUGGCAGCAGCCUGCUUUCUACCCUCCUAUUGCUGGCUCACUUGUGCCACGUUACACUUCCUCCAUUUCACCGACGCCAAGGCACCCAUCCGCACGCUGACUGGAAUAUACACCAGCUUCCUCAGGCUCAACUUUGGAGGUGAGGUGCUGGGAGCAGGCCCAGGGUCAAAUGUGCCCAUUCAGGAACACCACACUUCUCUGAUGUUGUAUGUAGUCCGUACACUUGGGAAACUUGCGUUUGACGGUGUGACAUACAAGCGCACGUCCUUCUCAGAAAAGGAGCUGGAGCAGUGGAUAGGAGGGAAGACCAAGACGGAUGAGGAGCUACGACAGCUGACCAUGUUCAGGACCGAUGUGCUGGACUUUUUCUUGGCUCCUUGUGUAGAAAAUGGUAAACGUUUCUCAGAGGAACCCAGCGAGAACAGUGAGAGGCGCUAUGUGUUUGCCGUCCCAGCCAUGCAGGAGUACCUGGCGGCUCUGUACGUGGUUCUAGGAGAGAACAAAUCUGCUCUUGAGAAGAUGACCAGGCAGGUGUCUGUGGCCAUCGGUCAGGCAAGUGAAGAUGUCAACGCCCUCGUCAAUAUCCUCUCUAAGUUCAUCCCCCUCCGGAUAUUUGCCGUGUUCAACCUCCUUAAGCUUUUUCCAAAGCUCUAUGAGAAAAUUAGCAGUCGCAACAAAGGCAGCAUUGCCAGAACCAUGGCGGCUGAGAUGUUCCGCACCGAGGACAGCCACAACGAGGACGUCCUGGAUCAGGUGGAGCAGAGCCUCCUGGGAGUCCAUGGCCCGCAGCCAAAGCAGUGCAGUGAAGGCCAGCCAUUUGAGCUCUACCCCAUCUUCAUGGGUGGACUCCUGCAUUAUGGGAAUCGUGUCCUUCUCCAGCAGCUUGGCUGUAGCAUUCAGAGCACCACUGUGGCCCAGAUCACACAGGCCCUGAGGAAGUAUCUAGUCAGAGAGCUCAGCAAGCCGCAGCCACCAGAGGAGCUGAUGGAUCUACUGGUCCUCCUGUAUGAGUUUCAGAACCCCAGACUGACUGCAGAGGUUCUGGCCUCGAUCAGAACCAUCCGCCUCAAAGACAUUCGUAUGACGCCACUCAAAUGCUUUGUACUGAGUUCUGUGCUCUCGUGCACUUCUGCAAGUCAUUACCUUGAAGAGCUGGACCUGUCCUCCUGUCUCCUGACUCACAACAUGCUUCAGAUACUGUUGCCUGCCUUCAGAAACACACAUAAACUCAAUCUGCAGUUUAACAGCCUUGGUCCUGAGUCCUGCAUCUUCCUGAGAGAUCUGCUACUAGACCCCCAGAGCUCAAUCAGAACUCUACAACUGUGUGACAACCCUCUGCUGGAGACUGGAGCACGCACCCUGCUGGAGGUUUUGCCGGUGAACCAGUCCCUCACACACCUGUCCCUGAUGCACACUGGGCUGGGAGACCAGGGGGCCUUGGAGCUGGCUGAGAGGCUUCAGAGACACAGGGGGCUCCAGGAGCUCAACGUGGCUUAUAACAAUAUCGGAGACAGCGCUGCUCUGACUCUAGUGGACGCCUGCAGGGAGCAUCCCAGCAUUCACACUGUGCACUUGUAUCUGAACCCUCUUAGUGACGUGGGAAAGCAGUCGCUGUAUGUCAGAGGUGUUCCCAAGACCCACAGUGGCAGCGACCGACGGGUCAAAGUCUUGGCUUCAGUCACAGAGGGCUCAGACGUCUCGGAGGACUGGCACCCUAUCCUUGAUGUGAUACGAGAGAAUGCCUCAUCCUGGGACCGCGAUCGACUGAAGCAGCAGCUUCAGGUUUUCCUCAGGGAUCUGGAGUGGGGGCGUCAGCAGCAGCAGAGCCUAUGGAAGAGGCUGCACUUCCGCAGAGUGGAGAAGGGUGUCCGGCAGACUCUCAAGAUGCUGGAGAAAGAUAAUCUACCUCCCUCCACAGGAUACAGCAGAUAACCAAUAGGAUAGGGCCGUAUCAUGUCCACACAGAAGAAACAAUUCUCAGAUACCUAGAAAUCUAUUGCAACAUGCAUUAGUUUUGCAAUAGUUUGGGGGUGUGUUUCAUCUCAUGUGAUGCUUUGAAACAAAAAAUUGCUGCCAGCAGUGCAUCAGCGAAGAUGAACAGCUUAGUGUUGUGGUAUGUUGUGGUACAAACUGACUGUGCACCUAAUGUUUACAUGGACUGCCUAUUGAGGGAGAUAUAUCAAGGACAUGUGUAUAUUUGGAGUAUGUGUGGUGUUCCAGAUAUGGCAGUGCUGUGAAUAUUCAGCUGACAGUGUUUAAGUGUUUCUAAUGUGGGUACAAAGGCAUGUAUGGUUGCAUGUCCUUGCCAUAUAUAUAUAUAUAUUUGUUUUUUUUAACUGUUUAACUUAAAGUAUUCAAGUCAAGUUAAAGUUUAUUUGUAGAGCACAUUUAAAAAAAAACCUCAGUUGACCAAAGUGCUAUAUAAUUAUUAGAAUACAAUAAAAUCAAACACAAAUGUAGUAGUAAAUAAAAAAAAUUAAAACAAUAAAAUAAUACUAAAACAAUAAAAUAAUAAUACAAAACUCAAUUGAAAAACAGAGUUAGAGUUAAAAAGGAAAUAAAAGAGUAUUACUUGGUCAAAAGUCUUUAUGUUUGGUUCAAUGUUAAACGGUUAUUAUCUUUCAGACUCUUCUAUUCCACUCACUCUGUAACUUAAUGCAUCUGUAAAUCUGUAUCUGUAAAAGUUCAAUUGGUGCUCCUCUCAUGUCUUCCACAGUUUUGGCUGCCAUUUUAUUUGGAGCCCCAUCUAUGCAAAGCCAUGGUCAUUACUUUUGAACUAAAUGUGUAUUUUCUUUCCUCCAACUUUAUCUGAGAAGAUAAUAUUUAUUUACAGUACUGUAUUUGUUGUACUUUUCUGCGUCUCUCUCUGAUAUUUCCAGCUGCCUAAACUCAAUGCCAUUAGUGCUGUAGUGUGUUUGACCUUGAUGUGUUUGUUGGUUGUAAAGAGUGUUCAAAAGCAAUACUUCUUUUGAUACCGACUGAGGUCAUGAUUAGUUAUGAUAUGAUGCAUGUUCUGUGCUGCAUAUGAAAAGAACGGACUCUUCAGAGAGUCUCAUCAGUGCUGUAAUAUUGGUAAUAGAUUGUAAUUGGAAGCAGUUGCAAUAAAUACUAUGCCGAAAAGUGUUUUCUUAGUUGUUAUUUUUAAAAACAUUUAUUGAUAACUUAUAAG